CUGGUAGAGCAAUGGUUUCAGAACCGUUCACUGCUGGGUGAUCAGCAUUGAUCCUAUUCACUGAACAUCUGGAGUGGUUUUAGUGAGGGUGUGGACCCUCUCUGUAUUGCAGAUCCACAUCAUGGUUUGUUGGUUUCCUGAGGAUGUGCCUGUUCCCAUUUCAACUUGCAAGCGCCUUGUGUUCUGAGUCAGUCCAACAACAAGAGUGGAGAGUCAGAAAUGCCUCUAGUGUUGCAGAGAAAAAUGUUUCGCUGCACCAUGUGGCUCCUAUUUGGGGGGUGUAUGUAUUUAAACAUUACUUCUGUGCCAGGUUUGGAGAGUUGGACUUUCCUCCAGGGAGGCACUGCAUCGUUAGAGUCACAAGCAGAAGAGCUGAAAUGUUUUACUCGUAUGUUAGACGACCUGACCUGUUUCUGGGAUGACAGUGAGAAGACAAAUUCUACUUACAAGUUCUUCUAUAGCACUGACCAAAUAAUCCAGAAAUCUUGUCACACAACCUCAUAUAUGGUUCUCAGGAAUACAGUACGACACGUUUGUGUUAUCCCAGCAGAAGAUAUUCUACUCUUUCAGCCAUUUGUCAUCGAACUAAGUGAAUCGUUUUCCAAUGUGUCUAAAAUCAGACAUGUAUCAAUUGAUUCAGUCGUUCUUCUAGAUCCACCUUCUAACCUGACAGUGUAUUUAAAUGGAAAUCCACACCAGCUCCGGAUUAGCUGGGUCCCACCAAGAAAUCCGGAUAUUAACGAAUUUCUAAUAUAUGAAAUUAGCUACUGGAGGGAUAAAUCUGGCCAAGCCUCGGAAAAGAGAGAGACUGUCAAUACCAAACAGCAACAUGACCUUCAGGACCUAAAGGCUGGAAUUAGGUAUAUGGUUCGUUUGCGCACCAAGCCCGAUGGCAUUUCAUUUGAUGGGUUCUGGAGCCCCUGGUCAGAAACAGUAUCAGCUGUAACUCCCUAUUCCUCAGAUGAAAUAAAUUUACGCUGUUCAACCUCUGACCUACAAAUCAUAACCUGCCAAUGGAAAGUGAAUAAAACGGAAUCUGGUGCUCUCUAUAGUUUGUACUAUCAGACAAGAAAGGUGGAGUGGAAAAAAUGCAGCAAUCAAAUAAACACUACCGCAGGUGAUGCCAUUGCCUACCAUUGCAUGAUUGCAACAUCGGAAGUGAACAAGACUGUCAUUAUCAUUAACGCAUCCUAUCCACAUCGCACACAGACGUUUUAUAAAAAGCCUUUCAGGAUUGAAAAUGUUGUUCGUCCCGAUCCCCCAAGAAUUGUGAAGAUUGAUGUCAGCACAGCUGGUGGGAAACUACGUCUCUUUUGGGAGCCACCAAUCAGGAAGCUGCUGGGACAAAUGAUUUAUCAGAUCAGAUACUCUGAAGAAAAUGGCAGUGGCUGGAAGACACUACUUAUCCAGAAGCCAUUGCACAGUGAGGUGUUGGAUCUUCCCCACAGUAAAACAUAUUAUAUGCAACUCAGAGCUAAACCCAAUGGAGUCACAUACAGAGGAUACUGGAGCAGCUGGUCGGACACUUUCACUGCAACAAUCCCAGGCUCUAUGCAUCUGACUGCAGUGCCGCUUGUUGUUGGUGUCUCCCUUCUGUUGGUGAUAGCACUUUUUGUGUCCCAUCUCAUCUUUCCAAAUGUCUACAGUAAUGUGAAGAAGAAACUAUGGCCACAGAUUCCAAACCUUGAAAGGCUCCUUGAAGGAUAUCUCACUGAUUUUCAGAAAUACUCCCAACCUUUGCAGCCCACCUGUGACAAAUUUGUUGAUGAUGAGCUCCUGCCUUCAGUUCUGGAAAUCAUAUCUGAGGUAAGUGAAAGUGAGGGCACAAAACGUGUGGAAAAGCAAGAGGAUGCUUGUCAGAAACAUCACUUCAAUGAAUCCUCCAUCACCAAGCAACCCAGAGGUACGUCAAAUCAUGAAACUGAGAGUUCCAACAGCUCCAGUCAGAAUUAUAUCUUUUUGGAUCUGCAAGACUCAUCAUCUCUUCCUGAGGAAGAUAUUAACUUUCAUAAGAAAGACGAAUCUAGUUCAUUGCAGGAUUCUCAGUCACGAAUGUGGCCUCUUGUUCCCGACACAAAAAGUCACAAAGGACACAUCCAAAAUGACAUCAGUUGGAAUAAACAGUCCCCAUCAGUGCAGCCAGUUAAUGUCAUUGGCAUGAAGCGACAACACCCAACAUCAUUGGUCAGUUAUGAUGACAUGUUCCAUCUCAUUGGUCACCUGAAUUUCUCAGCGACAUUUGAUUAUCGAUCAAUGAGUGCAACAGACAUUUCAAACCAUUCAUAUCUCCUACUUCCUGACUUGGAACCAGCUAUUUUCUCACAACAGUGCUCACUGGCCAAAGAAUAAAAAUAUCUAUGCAAGUGUGCAGUAGCGUGCAGUGAAGAAAUAUGCUGUCAAAUAGAUUACUUUUGUGGUUUGUGGUCUUCUAUUCCUUUAACUACAGUUGCAAACUCCAGUAAUCCAAUUAAAUGUUUAUCUCAGCUUAUCAACAACCGGAGAGACUUAAUUACAGUUUGUUUUCAUUGUCAAUUAAAGAACCAUUCUUCCA